AUGGGCUCCAUGCACACGGGGCCCUACGGCCAGAUCUUCCGCCUCGACAACUUUGUCUUCGGCCAGUCCGGCGCCGGCAACAACUGGGCCAAGGGCCCCUACACCGAGGGCGGGGAGCUCAUCGACUCCGUCCUCGACGUCGUCCGCGAGGAGGCCGAGAACUGCGCUGCCUCCAAGGUGUGCCACUCCCUCGGCGGGGGCACCGGUUCCAAGAUCAGGGAGGAGUACCCGGGCCGGAUGAUGCUCACCUUCUCCGUGUUCCCAUCUCCAAAGGUCUCUGACACGGUGGUCGAGCCCUACAACGUCACUCUCUCGGUUCACCAGCUGGUGGAGAACGCCGACGAGUGCAUGGUGCUGGACAACAAGGUGCUCUACGACAUUUGCUUCCGCACCCUCAAGCUAACCACACCUAGCUGUAAGCAAAUCUGUGACAUCAAGCUAUAUUACCUGCCUGUACUUUUUUACCUGCCUGUACUUUUUUACUAAUGUGAAUGCUAAAUGAAUAAAAGAGAUAGAGGAUUAAUACACUGACUCUGGCUUGGCAACUUUAUAUUGGUUUCUUGACCGAGAUUCUGGUA